ACUUCUUGGGAGACUGUAGGGGGGAAGAAGAAGAAUUUUGGAAAAGAAAGUUCAGAAAACAAAGAGAAUAGAGAGAAGAAAAGCGAGAGAGAAGCAAAUCGUGGACGUGGUAACAACAGCCGGAAAGGAAGAGGAAGCAACCGUGGCAGAGAAUUUAGAGGGGAAGAGAAUGGAAUUGAGUGUAAUCAAGAGGACAGAACUUCUGACCGGGGCAAGCGAGCCCGUGUUCGAGUUAGAGGGGAAGAGAAUGGAAUUGAGUGUAAUCAAGAGGACAGAACUUCUGACCGGGGCAAGCGAGCCCGUGUUCGAGGAUUUGGACGAGGAAGAGGAAGAGGGGUAGGACGGUUCUCAGGCCAGAGCAUGGGGACGUUUAAUCCUGCAGACUAUUCAGAUUCCACAUCUACAGAUGGGUGUAGGACAAAAGCAGUUUGGGAAGCUGCUCAGAAUGGUGCAAAUGAAGAAUCGCAACUGGCAACACAUGCUCACAAUGUAGCCCAGGAUCUGUCGAACAAAGGUUCUUAUGGACUGAAAGGUGCCUGGAAAAAUUCUGUAGAGGAGUGGACAGCAGAAGACUGGACUGAGGAUCUUUCUGAAACAAAAGUCUUUACUGCCUCAUCUGUUCCAGCAGAGAAUGAUGUCAUACCUAGGCACAGCAUUGACCUGGUAUCCUUGCUCCAGAAGCCUGUUCCUCCAGGUCAAGUGUCAGAGGUCAGCUCCUUAGAAACCUCCCAGCAGCAGAGCUUCAGCCAAGCCCUUGUCUUCACGAAUUCUCAGCACAGCAGUCAGAUGGCACCAGGGCCUGGCGGCUCCCCUGCUGCCAACACCUACUCUCCUCAGCACCUGUCAUCUGUGCUUGGCUCAGGAUUUGGAGAGCUUACACCAUCAAAACUGACGAAUAUCACCAGCUCCCAGGUUUUGGACAUGAAAGUUCCAAGUUUGGGCCAGUUUACCACUACCCAGAGUUCACAGCAGAAUAGUGCAAGUUCCUCAACAGCUCCUACUUCUUGGGACCUCAAGCCCUCAGCGUCCCAGCCCUCAGUCCCCAGUCACUUGGAUUUCAAGUCUCAGCCUGAGCCGUCCCCUGUUCUUAGCCAGCUGAGCCAGCGACAGCAGCACCAGAUGCCAGCAGCCUGUGCUCCUCCUCCUGGCUUGGAGUCCUUUCCUUCCCAGGCAGAACACCAAGUACCAGCACCUGGAGACAGUGCUUCCACUGUGCACAAACUUUUGCAGCUUCCUAACAUGGCUGUGGAAAACAGUGCUGUAUCUGCCCACCAGCCACAACCCAAACACAUCAAACCCCCGAAACGGCGGAUACCUCCGGCUUCGAAGAUUCCAGCUUCUGCAGUGGAAAUGCCUGGUUCAGCAGAUGUUACAGGAUUAAAUGUUCAGUUUGGGGCCCUGGAAUUUGGAUCAGAAUCCUCUCUGUCUGAGUUUGGAUCGGUUCCAGGCAGUGAACAUAGUAAUCAGAUUCCCAUCAGCUUGUAUUCGAAGUCUUUAAGUGAUCCUUUGAGCAACUCUCUACCAGUGACCAGUGCCGUGCAGAGCUCCACCUGCACGGCUUCGGCCAUUACCUCCUCCAGUCUGAGCAGCUCAUCGCUGAGCUCCACCAGCCCUGUGACAGCAUCGUCCUCCUACGACCAGAGCGCUGUGCACAGCAGGCUCGCACACCAGAGCUCUGUGAGCGCCCCGGAGCCGGCUCCAGGAACCGUCACAAAUGGACAUGGUGGUCGAAGUCAGCAGACACUAGAUGCUGCUUCAUCCGUUCCGGCUCCCAGGACGACAGACCCUCCCUCCACCCUCCCGUCUGUGGGCUCCCUGCCCAGUACCACCUCUUGCGCUGCUGCUUUGCCCUCCUUGUCCCAGCCGGGUGACCUGUCCAGCAUCCCCCUCUCUGAGCUUAGCAGUUCACUCCCCAGCCACCAGAGCAGCCUCUCCUCUGCGCACGCGGCCGUCUCCUCGAGCACGCCACACACACACGCCAAGGCAGAGAGCCCCCCGUCCGUGCAGUCCUCGGCCGCCUUCUCCGCGGCGGCCCCGUCCUCCAGUGCCCCUUCCUCGGCCGUCAGCCCGCCUGGCAGCGUGAGCACUGGCGGCCUCGGCCUGGGCGGGCCCGCCGUGAGCACGCCCGGCAGCACUGGCCGCGCCGCACCCUUGGCGACCACAGGCAAAGCACCCCCAAACCUGCCUCAAGGGGUACCGCCCCUGCUGCACAACCAGUACCUCGUGGGCCCCGGAGGACUGCUUCCUGCCUACCCGAUCUAUGGCUACGAGGAGCUGCAGAUGCUGCAGUCACGGCUGCCCAUGGAUUACUACGGGAUCCCCUUUGCUGCACCCCCAGCCCUUGCCAGCCGAGACGGCAGCCUGCCUAAUAACCCGUAUUCAGGCGAUGUCACCAAGUUCGGCCGGGGCGACUCUGCAUCUCCCGCUCCGCCCACCACGCUAGCGCAGCCGCAGCAGAGCCAGUCCCAGGCGCACCCCACCGCCCAGCAGCCCUUUCUGAACCCUGCACUGCCGCCUGGCUACAGCUACACUGGCCUUCCCUACUACACUGGCGUCCCCAGUGCCUUCCAGUACGGGCCCGCCAUGUUUGUCCCUCCAGCCUCAGCCAAACAGCACGGCGUGAGCCUCAGCACCGCCGCCACCCCCUUUCAGCAGGCCAGUGGCUAUGGCCAGCCGGGCUACAGCACAGGUUACGACGACCUCGCCCAGGGGACAGCAGCAGGUGACUACACCAAGGCUGGCUGCGCAGGAUCCCCGCAGGCACCAAGCAAGUCUGCUGGUUCUGGGCCUGGCAAAGGAGCGUCCGUGUCUUCAGGUGCCACUGGCCUGCCUGAUAUGACUGCUUCUGUCUACAGCAAGACGCAGGCUUUUGACAAGCAGGGAUUUCACGCAGGAACCCCUCCGCCUUUCAGCCUGCCCUCGGCCUUGGGCUCCACUGGCCCCUUGGCCCCCGGAGCAGCCCCUGGCUACGCGCCCGCGCCGUUUCUGCACAUCCUGCCCGCCCACCAGCAGCCCCAUUCGCAGCUGCUCCAGCACCACCUUCCGCAGGACGCCCAGAGCGGCUCGGGACAGUGCAGCCAGCCCAGUUCCCUGCAGCCCAAGUCUCAAGCCACCAAACCCACCUAUGGCAGCUCUCCAUACUGGACAAACUAGGCCACUGAGGGCAGGGCUUGCCCUGGGAAGGCAAGAAGGCGGGGAGCACGUUUCUGGGAGCCCAGGGCCCCUCCCUGGGUUCUGGAAGCUCUGCGGGGAGCCUUCCUCCCAGCCGCGCUGUUGUAUGUAAUGUAAUGUAAUGUAAUGUAUGUACGUAUGUAUGUAUGUAUGUAUGUAUUGUAAAUGUGGUAGGAGCCUAGGGCCGCGAGUGGCCGCCAAGUCUGCUCUCCCGAUCCAGACAGAAGCCACAUCUCUGCCCUUGUUGUCCCCGUGGCCGCCAGGUGGUUUGGGCUUUGGGGUCAGUUCUCAGUGAAGAACCCCAGCUUAUCUCCGCCCCUGCAAACCAUUACUGGGGUUUCUCUCCCUCGUGCCUGCUUGGUACACGUUUCUGAGAAACGGGCCCUUCGUCACCUGCCAUGGUUCCCCUUCCACCAAAUCUUGGUCUGAGAACAGAGACGAUCGCCUGCCCAGCAGGCUUCUGGCUCACUCUGUCCUCGAGCCAGGGCUUUUGCAUCUGGUCCUGUGUCGGGGACCGCCGUCCUUCAGCCGACCUCUUAAAACAGUCCGAUCUAGGUCUCAGAAGAAAUACGCCAGUCAGCUCCCCUUCAGAAAUCAAAGAUCUGCCUCCAUUUCAGUGCAAGCCCAUCUCCCAGCCAAGGAGCCUCUAUUCCAGUUGUCCUGAACUGGGUGGGCAACUGUUCAGGGGUUUCUCUUGCCCCAACUCCACCUAAUAAAAGUUCUGAGAGCAA